AUGCGUGAUAUUGAUUCUAUAUUUAAAUUUCGUUUUUUUCUUAUUGAUUUUCAAAAACAACUUGAAGAACACUAUCAAGAAAAUGCUGAAAUUCAAUUAGUUUAUCGUGGUCAAAGAAUAUCUGUAUUAGAAUUAACUAAAUUACAAAAUAGUAUUGGAAAAUCUAUUUCAUUUAAUACAUAUUUAUCAGCAACAUUAAAGAAAGAAGCGGCUUUAGUGUAUGAAAAUGAUGAGUGCUUCAUUUUAUUUGAAAUUGAUGUAAGUUUUACUUCUCAACUUAAAGAUAGACGAUUACGUCCUGUUUAUGUUGAAGAUCAAAGUGAUUUUCCAGAAGAAUCAGAAGUGAUUUUUCCAAUUGGUUCAACUUUUUUAAUCGAUUCAAUUGAUUCGAUUGAAAUGAAAGAUAAUCAAUGGAAAAUUAAAUUAAAAUUAAUAGAUAAUAAAAAUUAUUAUGAAAUUAUUAAUUCAAUUGAAACAAAUUUAUUUGAAAAACUUUCAUCAAAAUUAAAAUUUCCUUAUUUACUUUUAAUAUCAGGUGAUUAUGAAAAAGCGGAACGAUAUAUUGAUAUGUUAAUGAAAGAUUCUAAAUCACCUCUUGAUCUUGAGGAUGAGGGUUUUAUUUAUGCAUUUCAUGGUCAAAUCCAAUACGAGAAAGGUGAUUAUCAAGGUUCUUUACACACUUUUCUAAAAGCAUUAAAUAAAAUCAAAACAAAGACGAUUUAUUAUACAACAAUUUGUAUUCAUUUAAGUUAUUUGUAUAUUGAUGAAGGGAAGUAUAAUAUUGCUUUUCGUUAUUUAAAUCAAGCAUUAAAAUACGAAAAAGAAAUCGAUUUUUUAGAAUCAGUUGAUUUAAACGAUGCUUUUGGUGGUAUUUAUACGCAAAUGAAAGAAUUUGAUAAAGCUCUGGAAUAUUUCAAUCAAUCAUUAGAAAAACGUCAAUUAAAUUUAUCGACUUAUCCUCAUUGUUAUAUGACGUUUUUUUUUAUUGGAUUGGUUUAUUUUAGAAAAGGUGAAUUUACGGAAGCUAUUCAAUAUUUUCAAAAAUCGCUAAAUUAUGCCGUAAAAAUCUUACCAAAAACUCAUCCCAGGUUGAUUCUCAUAUAUACAAUAAUCGGUCUUAAUUAUUCUCAAAUGAAAAAACUUCCAUUAUCUUUAACUUAUCUUCAAAAAGCUUUUGAUUUACUCGAAACAAAUAAACAAAACAAACAAAAUUUUAAUCCAUUAAGAUAUCUAAUCGUUUGUAAUGCAUUUGUAAUAGUAUAUAAUAUACCUCUCGAUACAACUAAGUCAUUUUACUAUGCAUACGAAAGUUAUAAAGUUUACAAAGAAUAUGAAAAGUUUAUACCAAAAAAUUCUUUAAUAAUCAAAACAAUAUUUAGUAAUUUGGGUGAAAUUUAUCAAUGUCGUCAUGAUUUUACUCGAGCAUUAGAAUUUUAUUCAAAUGCUUUAAAUUUUUCAAAAGAAAUUAAUGAUCGAGUAUUAAUUACUAGUAAAAUUGGAAAAGUUUAUUUAAGUCAAGGAAAUGCACAAAUGGCUUUAGAUAAGUUAAAUCAAUCAUUUAAACUUUUCAAAAAGAAUAGAACAUAUAUCAAUCAAGAUACGAUUUAUUGGCUUUAUUCAUAUUUUUCCGAUAUAUAUAUACAUAAAAAUGAUUUUGAAAAAGCUCGAUUUUUCUCUAAAGAAGCAUUAAAAUUAGAACUUAUUAAGACAAACAGGAAUUACAUUCGUAUUGUUAAUUGUUAUGAACAAAUGAUACAUUCAUGUCAUGAACAAAAUCAAAAUUAUAUUGAUGAAAUCAUCAAUAUCCUAUCAAAACAAAAUGAAUCAAACGAUUUAAAGAUUCAUUUUUAUGCGUUCAUUGCAAAAUAUUACAUGUUAAAAAAAGACUAUACAAAGGUAUUUUAUUAUUAUGACUUAUCUUUAAAAUAUCAAUUAAUGUGUUUUCCACAUUGUUAUCAACAAUUAUUACAUACAUAUUAUCUAUUAGGUGAAGCAUAUAUAUGGAUUAAUGGAGAAGAUUCAGAUGUCCCAUUAAGUUAUUUCGAGAAAAGUCGAGAUAUGUAUUUAAAAUUAUUAAAUCUUGAUAAUAUACCAUUAAAUGAUAUACAACGAUCUAUCUAUGGUGAAGGAUAUCUUAUAGACAAUAUCGAAGAAAGUUCAACGAUUAGUUUUGAUAUUAUUUCAGUUUAUCUUUCAAUUUCAAAAUAUAAAGUUUUAAAAGGAAAUUAUGAUGAAGCAUUAAAUAAUAUUCAACAAGUAGAACAUAUAAUUAAUCGAUAUAAAGGUAAAAAAGAAAAACUAAUCAAAGAUUUAUUAUAUUUUCGAAUAGCAUUUGCAUAUAAAUCAAUAAAAGAUUAUAAUAAAUCGAUUUUAUAUUUUGAAAAACAUCUUUCACAUAUAUCAAAUGAUUAUAAUCAAUACGGACUAAAUUAUUUUCUUAUUGCUCAACUUUAUUAUGAGAAAAAAGAUUAUGUAAUGGCAAUAUCAAAGUCUAAAAUUGCAUUAACAUUUUUAUAUAAUUCAAAAUCAAUUGAUCAUGAAAAAUUAGGAUCAUGUUAUAAAGUUUUAUGUUUAUCCUAUUUAGCACUGCAUAAUGGCAACUAUGCUUUUAUAUAUGCAGAAAAAUCAAUUCAACAUUUUUUAUCAUGUAUUCCAGUUCAAUAUGAUUUCGUUAUAGCAUCAUAUAAUGACGCUACAUUAGCUCUUCAAACUUCCAAACCAUGGAAUUUCAAUGAAUCGUUAAACUAUAUUUUAACAGCUAUGAUAUUCAUUCAGUAUGAUUUAAGUGAUUAUGCUUUACGAAAUCUUUAUUGUUGCAUUGGAUACAAUUUUAGCCUAAACGGAGAAUAUAAUAACGCUCUCAUUAUGUAUAAGAAAUCAUUGGAAUAUUGUAAAGAACCAGAUGAUAUUAUUUAUUCGUAUGAACAAUUAUGGUUAACAUAUAUUGCGAAUGGAGAAUUUGAUGAAGCAUAUGCUCUUGUUAAAAAGACUAUUGAUUAUCAAAUUAAUUUGAAAUCAAUUGAUUUUAUAAAACUUUCUACUUCAUAUAUCAAUAUGGGUUCAGUUUAUGAACAUUUUGGAAAUGAUAAAUUAGCAUUAAUAUGUUAUCAAACAGUUUAUAAUAUUCUUCAAAAAUAUCAAAAUGAUAGAACACAUGAAAAUUAUGAUUUUAUUUAUAUUUAUAUCGCUCGCAUUUAUUUAAAAUAUGGUCAAUUAAUAGAUGCCCUGAAGUUUUGUUUAAAAAGUCAAUCUAUAGGUGCUUUUAAAAACAAGAGCCGAUCCGUGCGGGUACAUAUUUAUAUAAAUUUAGGAUUAGUCCAAUGUAAACUUAAAAAUUAUUAUGAAUCUUUGAAUUAUUUUGGACAAGCAUGGGAAUUAAUAUUCAAUGAAAAUUUACAUUUACAUAGAUUAAUCGUUAUUUUAUAUAAUUAUAUUGGUUAUGUUUACUUUAAACUUGAUCAAAUAGAAAUUGCUAUGAAGAAUUAUUUCAAAUGUUUAUCACAAUAUAAAGAUUGUCUUCAACAUCCAGAUCUCGGAGAAAUUUAUAAAAAUAUUGGUUUAAUUUAUGAGGAAAAAGAAAAAAAUUACCUAUUGGCAUUAUCAUAUUAUAAACAAGCUUUAGAAACUGUACCAAAUGACAGACAUAUGAAAUAUAUUUUAUAUAAAAGUUUAAUAUUAAUAUUAGAAAAGAAGAUCAAUCAAAAUCUCAUCUAA